GCGCGCCGGCGGGCUCCGGGCAGGCCCGGCGGUGUUUGGCUGUGAUCGGUACGUGGACCUCCCGGACGGUCGGAGCGCCGCCGUCGGUUGUCCCCUCCGUGGGCAGCUUUCUCCGGGACCCGUGCGCCCCUCCCGGAAGUACGGAGCGGGCCCCACCCUCAGCCGGGCUGUGUAGCCUUGUGCGGGUCGCUUCGCCUCUCGGAGCCAAAGUUUCUGCAGCUACGACGUGGGGCGGGCGCCACAAGCCAGGCCUUCUUCCCAGGGUAGCUGUGAGGUUCCGGGGGCUUUGGGGAUGAAACUGCUGGUUAAACUGUAGAGUACGGGGCACACAGGAAGGCUGCCAUUGGGCGGCAGCCCCGCGGCGGCGAGCUGCUAACUCUCGCCUGCGGAUUCUCACCCCGGCGUCCUCCAGCCCUGCAGGGGCAAGGCCAAGGCUCCGGGGGAGCGGCCGCAAGACGGAGCUGCUGGAAAGCAGGAGCGGCGACCUUGCGCAGUUUCCUGGGGAGGGAGGCGAGGGCCCGGGGUCCAGGUGGUGAAAAUUGGCGCUGGGGGUUUCUCCAGGUUGGCCCGGCGCCGUCUGGAGCUCCACUGAGUCCUGUGUUCCCUCUUUAGAGCAGGGUACAGAGGCGGAGAGGGAAAUCACAAAAUGACACCGGUGAGGUUCUGUCCAACAGCCUUUUAGAAUAAAAAGAAGUAGAACCUAAUGUCCACUAAAAAGCUUUCCCGUUCCUCUGGGAAUAUGACUUGAAGGCCAAUCUUGCCGGUGAUGUGCCCAGUCUCAGAUGUGUGGCAAAAGCUGCUGGGCCCUUAACAGCCCUUUCUUCUUAUUUGCUUACAGUGUUUGGUUUCCUAAUUAAGCUAAAGCUUUAUAUUGUUCCUGCCUUUUAUCAUCAAAAUGUGAAUGAUUCUGGAUCCCGUUUAGUUCAUCCUGUUAUUUGACUGAAGGGAAGGGGGGAAAUAAGAGUAAUGACCCCCCUACCUGUAUGUAAGAAAGCAGAGUUUGCUAAGGGCAGUCCUGCCUGGUCCCUCCCUGACUCUCACCAUAACCCUGUAGGCAGGUGGAGCAGGGGUUUGUUCCCUCUUUUCACAGCCCCAAUCUGAGGCUCAGAGAGCUUAAGGUGACUUGGCGAGGCCAAAACUAGAACCGGGUCUCUGGUGCCUUUUGUGGAGGUUUACUGCCAUUCAUUGCGUGGUUCCAGGACACCUCCUCUCUGGGCUUCUUCCCUGUCAGCCUGCAAGCUCCCUGGGGCUGCUCAGGGCACGUAUGCUGACCACACCGUGACUCUGAGUGACCCACAGUGAAAUGAGAGUGCUUGGAAGGAAACACAGUAGGUGGGAAUUCAUGUUUAUGUGUACCUGGCAUGUCCAAAGGACCGUGCUGGCUGGGUUCGUGUUCUCUGUGGUGGGUGGUGGGUGGUGGGGGUGGUGGGAUACUGGCCCUAGGAUGCCUGGCCAUGGGGAGUAUAUUCUGAGCAGACCGCGUGAAAGCCAGGACCACUUUGACUUCUCAGUCCUUCACAAGCUUGUCCUCUCCCAGGACCAGACAGCACAUGGAACGAGAGCCUCUGCUGCCCUCAUGACCUCUCUGUUUUAAGUAUUUUCAGGACCGGGGAUGCUCUGCUGCUCUCAUGAGCUGGCCACUGAGUCUGCCUCCCGCAGCCCUUUCUGAACCUCUGGCUGUCCAGAAGCUCUGCUGUGCUCCUUGCUAAGAUGAAGUGCGUCUUGGUGGCCACGGAGGGUGCGGAGGUCCUCUUCUACUGGAUGGACGAGGAGUUUGAGGAGAGUCUGCGGCUGAAGUUUGGGCAGUCGGAGAAUGAUGGAGAAGAGCUUCCCGCCCUCGAGGACCAGCUCAGCACCCUUCUAGCCCCGGUCAUCAUCUCCUCCAUGACAAUGCUGGAGAAGCUCUCAGACACGUACACCUGCUUCUCGACGGAAAAUGGCAACUACCUGUACGUCCUUCACUUGUUUGGAGAGUGCCUGUUCAUCGCCAUCAACGGAGACCGCACGGAGGGCGAAGGGGAGCUGCGGCGGAAGCUGUGCGUGCUCAAGUACCUGUGCGAGGUGCACUUCGGGCUGGUCACCGUGGACGGCCAGCUCAUCCGAAAGGAGCUGCGGCCCCCAGACCUGGAGCAGCGCACGCGGGUGUGGGAGCAGUUCCAGAGCCUGCUGAGGACCUACGGCCGCCUGCGGGAGCAGGAGCAGAGCUUCGCUGUGGAGGCCGUGGAGCGGCUGAUCCACCCCCAGCUCUGUGAGCUGUGCAUUGAGGCGCUGGAGCAGAACGUCAUCCAGGCUGUCAACUCCAGCCGCGAGCGGGCCGGCGAGGAGGCGCUGCACGCCCUCCUGCUCGUGCACUCCAAGCUGCUGGCUUUCUACUCCAGCCACGGGGCCAGCUCCCUGCGCCCAGCUGACCUCCUCGCCCUCAUUCUCCUGGUUCAGGACCUCUACCCCAGCGAGAGCACAGCGGAGGACGACGACACUCAGCCUUCCCCAUGGAGGGGCCGGAGCAGCCAGAACAUUCCAGUGCAGCAGGCCUGGAGCCCUCACUCUGCAGGCCGGGCCAGGAGGAGUUCCGCAGGGACCGAGACAGACAGCUCCCUCCCUGAGGAGUACUUCACACCGGCUCCUUCUCCCGGGGACCAGAGUUCAGGUAGCACCAUCUGGAUGGAUGGGGACACCCCACCCACUGAUACUCCCCAGGUCCAGAUGGCUGAAGACACCCUCCAGACACUGCUCCCUUGCUGCCCGGUACCUUCCAGCCCCAGAAGGAUUUUUCUGGAUGCCAGUGUGAAAGACAGCUACUGCCCCAUGGUGCCCCACACCAUGUACUGCCUGCCCCUGUGGCCGGGCAUCAACAUGGUGCUCCUGACCAAGAGCCCCAGCACACCCCUGGCCCUGGUCCUGUACCAGCUGCUGGACGGGUUUUCCCUCCUGGAGAAGAAGCUGAAGGAGGGCCAGGAGGCCGGGAGUGCCCUGCGGUCCCACCCCCUCGUGGGGGACCUGCGCCAAAGGAUGGACAAGUUUGUCAAGAACCGUGGGGGCCAAGAGAUUCAGAGCACCUGGCUGGAGUUCAAGACCAAGGCCUUCUCCAGAAGUGAACCCGCCUCGUCCUGGGAGUUGCUCCAGGCGUGCGGGAAGGUGAAGCGGCAGCUUUGCACCAUCUACCGUCUCAGCUUCCUGACGGUGGCUCCCGGCCGGGGAGGCCCUCAGCUGCCCCGGCACCUGCAGGAGCAGGUGCAGACGCUCAUGCAAGAAAAGCUGAUGGACUGGAAGGACUUCCUGUUGGUGAAGAGCAGGAGGAACGUCACCAUGGUGUCCUACCUCGAGGACUUCCCCGGCUUGGUGCAUUUCAUCUACGUGGACCGCACGACUGGGCAGAUGGUGGCCCCGUCCCUCAGCAGCAGCGAGAGGACUUCGUCAGAGCUGGGCAAGGGGCCCCUGGCCGCCUUCAUCAGAACCAAGGUUUGGUCUCUGAUCCGGCGGGCGCGCAGGUACCUGCAGAAGGGCUACACCACGCUGCUGUUCCGGGAGGGCGACUUCCACUGCUCCUACUUCCUGUGGUUCGAGAACGAGAUGGGGCACAAACUACAGAUAAUGGAGGUGCCUGUCCUGUCCGAUGACUCGGCUCCCGUUGGCGUGCUGGGAGGAGACUACUACAGGAAGCUCCUACGAUACUAUAGCAAGGGCCACCCAGCUGAGGCUGUCAAGUGCUAUGAGCUGCUGGCCCUCCACCUGUCGGUCAUCCCCACGGACCUGCUGGUGCAGCAGGCCAGCGAGCUGGCCCGGCGCCUGUGGGAGGCCUCACGCGUCCCCCUGCUCUAGGCCAGCCCCGACUGCCCUGGUGCAUUCUGCCUGUGCACCCUGGUUCUCCAGGCCCAGCCCCGCUUGCAAGCAUCCCCACAGCAGCCUCCUCCUGUUCCUAGAGGCCGCCUGAGGCUGGCCCCGAGUUCCCAGGGCAGCCCCAGGGUUUCAUGAAGAAACUCCACCUAGACCAGCCUCCACUGGGUUGUGAGCAAACGUCCAGUGCUUCCCUCUGGAGAAGGAGGGAGGCCAGGGGUUCUGUUGAUCUCCUUAGAACAGCAGUGGCUGUGACGCUGGAGCUGGGGCAGCCACUCUGUCAAACUGCCUCUUUGUUUAUCCCCAGGAGACAGGGAGGAAGUCCCCAGUGCCCACAGGUGUCUAGAGACACCCUCCUUUCUGCUGUCCUCGGAGUGGAGAAAGAGCUUGUCCCUCGGCAGGCCAUUUCCCUCCCCGGGUGACAGAUGCUCCACUGGCUGGGUUUGAAUUUCAGCUCUGCCUCUUCCGCUCUGCAGCUCUGGGCAGCGUUCCUAAACUGUGAACCUGUCUCCCCACGUUUACAGUGACAGCAUCUCCCUCUCAGGGUAGUUGUGAGGGCCCCAGACACGCGACAGCUGCUCAAUAAAUGCUGGUUAUGGUUA